AGACCUGAAAACACACGAGACGAUCCACACCGGAGAGAAACUGUACUCGUGCAAUCGAUGCGACAAAACAUUUUCGAGGCCUUCAAACCUGAGAGCACACCUGACGGUUCACACAAAGGAGAAGCCGCAUUCGUGUUACUCCUGUGGAAAGACUUUUUCGUGUCUACAGAAUUUGAAGGUGCAUCAGAAAACGCACGCUGGUGUGAAAGAGUACAUGUGCUUUGAGUGCGAGAAGACGUUUACUUCGGCAAACAGUUUAAAGCUGCACCGGAGAAUCCACACCGGAGAGAAACCGUACACGUGUUCCCACUGCGACAAGAGAUUCAGCCUGUCGUCAAAUCUGAAAACGCACGAGAGGAUCCACACCGGAGAGAAACCCUACGAGUGUUCACACUGCGACCUGAGAUUCAGUCUGUCAGCGACUCUGAAAUCACACGAGAGGAUCCACACCGGAGAGAAACCGUAUCAGUGCGCUGAAUGUGGGAAGCGUUUUAAUCAGUCCUCUUCUUUACACAGACAUACCAAAAGCAAUCACAGUAGGUAGAUCGUCUUCAGAUGAGCGUCCUCAACAAACAAUGCAUUAAAUCGAUAAAAUAUCUGGAUAAAUCUGUCCAAACCAGACAUUACAAGUUUGUCAUCUUCAUCGGGAGCUUCGACUCUUGAGGUUCAGAUCAACACAAAAAUGUUCCUCCCCAAAGAACAAUGUCAGGAAGUUAAGUCUUAUAUUUCAUUUUGCUUCUUGAUAUAAUAUACUUUUGCUUUCUUAGGAGUUUUUAUAUUAUGAUCAAAAGUCCACUUGUUUAUUGCAGAAAGAUCGUCUUUUCAGCCUGGUGCAAUAAAUCGCUUUCUCUUAUGUUAAAGAAUUAGUUCACCCCAAAUAAAAAUUCUUUCAUUAA